CCUUGGGGCUCGUCUUCCGGGUGGGGCCCGGGGCCGAGGCGAUGGCACCCUGGGCGCUCCUCAGUUCUGGGGUGCUGGUGCGAACGGGGCACACCGUGCUGACCUGGGGGAUCACGCUGGUGCUUUUCCUGCAAGAUACCGAGCUGCGGGAAUGGGAAGAGCAGGGGGAACUGUUCCUGCCGCUCACCUUUCUGCUCCUGGUGCUGGGCUCCCUGCUGCUGUACCUGGCUGUGUCUCUCAUGGACCCAGGCUAUGUGAACACUCAGCUCCAGGCUCAGGAGCCCAAGGAGGAGCAGAUAGCCAUGGUUCCUCAGGCCACCCCACUUCGGCGCUGCAGAUUCUGCCUGGUGCUGCAACCCCUGAGGGCCCGGCACUGUCGCGAAUGCCGCCGCUGUGUCCGCCGCUAUGACCACCACUGCCCCUGGAUGGAGAACUGCGUGGGGGAACGCAACCACCCACUCUUUGUAGCCUACCUGACACUACAGCUGGUGGUACUUUUGUGGGGCCUGUACCUGGCAUGGUCUGGCCUGCAUUUCUACCAGCCCCUGGCUCUGUGGCUGCGGUUCCAGGGACUCCUGUUCGCCACCUUCUUGCUACUUUUGUUCUUCUCGCUGGUGGUCAGCCUGCUCUUGGCCUCGCACCUCUACCUGGUGGCUAUCAACGCCACCACCUGGGAGUUCGUCUCCUCGUACCGCACUGUCUACCUCCGCCAGCGCCCCAGCAACCCCUUUGACCGUGGUCUGACUCGCAACCUGGCCCACUUCUUCUGUGGGUGGCCCUCGGGUCCCUGGCAGACUCUCUGGGCUGAGGAGGACGAGGAGGAAGGCAGCAGCCAGGCUGUGUAGGAUUGCUGGAGGCAGAGCUGCCAUCUUGUGCCUGAAAACUAGAGGCUUGCACCAGCAGGGGUCAGCCCCCGGAGGACCCUGGUCUCCCAGGCCUCAGCAUCAAGACACAUGCCCCUGCCUUCCUCAGGUAGAGGACCUGCGGAGAACUCAGCACAAAGGAACUCCAGAUUCUGCUGCACCGCCCCAGCCAGGAUGCCUCUGGGUGCAGAGUUUUAUCACUAAUUUAAUAAUCCAUAAAGUAUUAAAAAGACGAACCAAAGUG